UGCUCUCCUUCAAGUCUCGCUUCGCUUCGGAGAGGCUUUCUUUUGUCAUUUUAUCUUCACAAACAAAUAAUACAUCACUGUCACAGACAGUGAGAGGGUUUCCUAAAACCUUAAAAUCCACGAAAGUCAGACACCAUGUAUAGAGCUGCUCUUUCCCGUUUCAGGGCUCUUAAGGGCCGCACCGGUAAUUUGACAGCUGCUCGAUACUCUACUUCAAGUGCUGUUGCUGCUUUGGAUACGCCAUUAGAUGGUGUUUCCCUUCCACCCCCAUUACCUGAUUAUGUUUCACCCAGUGAAACUAAGAUUAAAACCCUCUCAAAUGGUGUGAGAAAAUCAUCGGAGCUUUUACCGACUCUGGCUGCCUCCAUUGGCUUAUUCAUUAAUUGUGGUUCCAUUUAUGAGACACCGAUAUCAUCUGGUGCCUCCCACUUGCUGGAGCGAAUGGCAUUCAAGAGCACGACAAACCGAAGCCAAUUGCGCGUUGUUAGGGAAGUUGAGGCAAUUGGAGGUAACACAUCGGCCUCGGCCUCUAGGGAGUGCAUGACAUACACCUGUGAUGCCCUUAAAACCUAUGUUCCUGAAAUGGUAGAAUUGCUUAUUGACUGUGUGCGGAACCCCGCUUUUUUGGACUGGGAAAUUAAUGAAGAGUUGCAAAAGAUGAAAGCUGAAUUGGAUGAGGUUUUGAAAAACCCCGAGCGCUUAAUUUUGGAGGCAGUUCACUCCGCUGGUUACUCUGGUGCACUGGCCAAUCCCCUCUUGGCUUCUGAAUCAGCAAUAGACAGAUUGGACAGUGGCAUUUUGGAAGAAUUCAUUACUGAGAACUAUAAGGGGAAUAGAAUUGUCCUGGCAGCAUCGGGCAUUGAAAAUGAAGAGCUUCUUCAGAUUGCUGAGCCACUUCUUUCGGACAUCCCGGCCGGACCCCAACCAAAAGAGCCAAAAUCUGUUUACGUUGGUGGUGAUUUUCGUCAACGAGCUGAUUCACUGAGUACCCAUUUCGCUCUUGCUUUUGAAGUACCUAGUGGCUGGAAUAACGAGAAAGACUCUGUCACUUUGACUGUAAUGCAGAUGCUUAUGGGAGGAGGUGGCUCAUUUUCAACUGGGGGUCCCGGGAAAGGGAUGCACUCUCGGCUAUAUCUCCGUGUAUUGAAUGAGUAUCAGCGGAUCCAUUCUUUCUCUGCAUUCAACAGCAUCUUCAAUAACACGGGACUGUUUGGCAUAUAUGGCAGCACGAGCUAUGAUUUUGUGUCAAAAGCAGUAGACAUAGCAGCAGAAGAAUUACUCUUGCUGGCAACCGAAGGAUCGGUUUCUCGGCUAAUGAUAAAGCGUGCUCAAGAGGCUACAAAAUCAGCAGUACUGAUGAAUCUAGAAUCUAGAAUGAUUGUAGCUGAAGACAUCGGAAGGCAGAUUUUGACGUACGGAGAAAGGAAACCCGUACAUUCGUUCUUAAAGAUGGUGGAUGAAGUCACGCUGCAGGAUAUUACCAAUAUGGCUAAGAAGCUUAUAUCCUCGCCUCUAACCAUGGCAUCUUAUGGUGACGUCUUACAAGUCCCUAACUACGAAUCCGUUAGCGGCAAGUUUCGUGCAAAAUGAGUGCACCAUGAAUUCUCAGCCGGAGAUAAGAGUUUACGGUGCCAGCGGCAACCGAAGCAGCUAUCUCCCCACACUUUUUUCCCCUCAAGUUUGUUUCACUUUCUAACUUUACCGGUCGGUGAAACUUUUAACUAGCCGUUCUCGGUUUUGAACUCGGGUUAUCGAGUUGCAAGAACAAGGUCUCGAGGAGUAUU